AUGAGCAUCCACUCCGUCGACUAUGCGCAGCGCGCCCCCCAACCAGAUACCCUUCAAGUGGUGGACCUUGAGGCUGGUCCCCAAUCGCCAAGCUCCCCGAUCUCGCCCAUGAGAAGGGAGGGGUCCGUUACGGACGCGUUCACCACCGCGGCAGCCAGAGUCAACUCCACCGAUACAGCCAAACGCCGAGCGCGACGCUCUAAUACUGCACGAUCGUACCAUCCGGAUGGAUUUUUGAGUGAAGUCAAUUGGCAGCCAGGUACAGAACCGGGUAUCGACCCCACAAAACCUCUGCCCCCAUACAGCUCGGAAUGGGCGUCGAACGUGCCGGGCGACCUACAGCGAGAGAGCGAGAUUACAGUGGUGGACUUUUCCCAACAUGAAAUGCGACAAUAUGAGCUCGACAACGAGACACUCCCGCAAUUCCUCUCUCGCGAGCGAGAGCCUUGGGUACAAUGCCGGUGGAUCAAUGUGAAUGGAUUGAGCUGGGACGUGAUCAAAUGCGUCGGUAGUCAUAAGGGACUCCACCGACUGGCGAUCGAGGAUAUCGUGCACACUAGCAAUCGGACAAAAGCCGAUUGGUACUCAGACCACGCCUUUAUCGCCCUAACGUUGCAGAAGCUGGUGAAACUGCAAGAGGCAGAUAGCAGUGACUCGGAGGACGAGGGUAAUGGGCAAGAAUGGGGCGGCAAGGAGCGUAAAAGCUCUGUUGCGAGCGACAAGAGCUCGGUGUCGAUGAAACGUUUGACCAAGCGACGUCUUAUAUUCGAGGCUCUGAAAGAUAUCUUCCGAUCCAAAACGCCCUCAAAGGACCAAAAGGAGAAGGCGACGGUUGGGGCCAGCGUUCGUCCUGGUCCAGGACGACCAACUUCAAAACGGGCCUCCCAGUUUGGGAAUGUUGCUCCUCCUCGGGCCGCUACAGCUAGAACCCUGCAGCGAUUCCGUGGUGGCCCGAAUGAGGAUCGAAUUGAUUUUAUGGAACGACACGCUGUGCUGGCUUCGAAAGGACUCUGUGUCACUUUGGAGCAAGUUUCCGUUUUUCUACACGCUGACAACACCGUCACAUCGUUCUUCGAAAACAGUGCGGACGAUAUCGAGGCUCCUAUUGUCCGACGUCUGAGCUCACCGGAGACGAUUCUCCGACAGUCAUGCGAUGCUAGUAUGCUUCUGCAAGCCAUUCUUGAUGCAGUCAUCGAUCUUGCUAUUCCAGUCACUAUGGCCUAUCAAGAUGCAAUCGGAGAUCUCGAGCUCGAAGUGUUGACUGAUCCGGAUAUCGACCAGUCGAAAAGCCUCUAUAUCCUGACAUCUGAAAUUGCGGUGCUGCGAAAUUCGAUGCAGCCAAUGGUAGCAGUGAUCAACGCACUCCGUGAUCAUCGAUCUGAACCUAUUGGUACCCCAGGCUUUGGCGCCCUGCGAAAAGGGAUGUUCAGUCCGACUUCUACCCCCGGUGAACUCGACCUCCCACCACCUCCUGCCACAAUUGGUACUAUUACACCCAACCUAAAGAGCUUCGGAGGCUCGAGUGUCACGAUUAGCUCGAUGUGUCAUACCUAUCUCGGAGAUGUCCUCGAUCAUUGUAUCACUAUCGUGGAGGGAUAUGAUCAAAUGCGGCGCGCCGCAGAUAACAUGAUUGAUCUCAUUUUCAACACUAUCGGAGCCUACCAGAAUGAGAGCAUGAAGCAGCUGACCAUUGUCACUUGUCUGUAUCUUCCAAUGACCUUUUUAACGGGUUACUUUGGAAUGAACUUUACAGACUUUGCAGGCAUCGAGCAUAGUGACUCAUACUUUUGGAAAAUCGCUGUUCCCUUCGUCUUUGUGACAACUCUGCUUCUCAUGCGUGAUAAAAUCCAACGUUAUGUCGUCAUGCUCGCGCAGAGACGACUCAUUGUUAGCUCCAGGAAGCAGAGGCGGGAGAGGAAGAAAAGGUGA